UAAAAUUUGGUUCGAAAAAAGCAAAAUUCCACAAAUCUCCACAUUUCGACGUUUUACUGUAAAUCGAGAAGAUGGAUAUGACUCAGAGCAGUGUCAGUUACAUAUAUGAUAGCGACGAUGACAAUGUUUUUGGUUACAAGUCUCUCGGGAGACACAGAAGGACAAGUAAAGAAGAUUGCACACAAUCACAAUUUUCUCAAAGUCAGACUCAGAAUCAGACUCAUCCAUCCCUGUCAUCCCUGUCAAUCAAACAGAAGAAGAGCGAUAAACAGAGUAGCAAAAGGAACAGCCAAAAGCCUAGUCAAUCACAGUCAAAAUCCAAAAGAAAAAAGGCAUCAAAUGCAUUAGCAAGAGACCCAACAUUUGCUAAACCAAAAGUCGAAACAUCAGACAAUGAUAUCUGCAUGAAGAAAUCCAAAAGUAGUUCUUCAUUAAAGAAACAAAAGGCCAAGGAAAAGACUCCAAAAAGAAUGCCCCGUAAAGUUCAUGAAGGAUUUUGUCCGCUUUGUCAAAUGCCAUUCAAAAUUCUAACCAUUGAAUCACCAAAUUGGCAUUUGACUGAGUGUUUGCAGAAACAGAUAAAAGAUAAUGAAUGCCCCAAUGGCCUGGAAUGUGACUGUACAAUAGAGUCUCACUAUCACAAAUUCUCACACACUCUACUGGCGUCACAAAGAGCAGGUUUAACUCGGAAGAGCUCAUCCCGGAAAUUGGAAUUUAAAAGUAGUAUGGUUGAAGCUAAUAACGAACAUAUUACUCCUGAUUUAGUCCAAAAGCAUGUUUCCGCAGAUGUUUGUGUCAAGGAAGAAACACUUGAUGAUAUUAACGAAUGUGCUAUGGGGAACUCAGUAUUUGCUACGAUUGAUUUAAACACUGUUGUUGACCCUGUUCAACCCUCAUUAAAGACUGUACCCUCUGCACCAAUACCUUCACAAAUUAAGGAUAUUGUACACAAAUCAGAUUUUCCAAGGUCAUUGAACGCUAACCAUAUUAAUGAACCACUACUGCAAGAUAGUGAACAAACUCUACUAAAUGAUGAUACUGACAUGGAAAGUGAUAAUGAUGUACCCCAAACCUCUGCAGUUAGUCCAUACACUAGUCUUAAAAAGGAAAAUACCGUAAGGGAGGAAACAUUUACAGUUGGUCAACAGAAACCUGCUAGAGUUAAAGAAUACAUAGAUUUAGAACAUGACUCCUCAGAGAGUGAAGAUGAUAUUUUUGAUAACUUACUCAACCAGGCUACUCCUAGUCAGUUUAAAAAAUCCCAGGACAAAUUAGAAAUUGAUGAAAAUCGUAACAAGGUUGAAGCAUGGCUUGGUAGCAUAAGUACAACAAACACUAAAGAUCUGUCAGAGCUACUGUCAAAUAUCUCUGAUAGUGAUGAAGCUGAAAGUGAUAAAGUGGACAAUGCACCUGUAAAAUCAACCAAAGACAAUCAAGAACAUUCAACACAGCCUUUUAAGAGCAGUACUGUUACAAAUGAUCUGAUUGAGUCAAUCCCAAAUAAACAGUCUAACAUGGAAACCAGUUCAUACUUCUACUCAACAGUUGAUGCAAUCUCUAAACCAUUCACUGCUCUUAAGUCUGCAAUGAAAGCUAAACAGUCUUCAAUCAUGGGUUUCUUUGGUGCACCUGAUAACAAAAAUGCAGCGUCAGCUGUUGUUGAACAUAGACACCCAAAGAACAACAUUCAACCACAACGCAAGAAUGAAGUACAACCCAAGAAAAUGGCACAACCUAAAAAUGUGGUACAACAUAAGAAAACUGCACAGGCCACAGAAGUAAAAUCAAAUUCCAAAAACAAUGGAUGGAAUAGACAAUGUCCGUUUUACAAGAAGAUUCCAGGUACUCCAUUCACUGUAGAUGCAUUCAGAUAUGGAGUUGUAGCUGACUGCAAGGCUUACUUCCUCACCCAUUUCCAUUAUGAUCAUUACGGUGGACUCACUAAGAAGUUCGCACAGCCAAUAUAUUGUAGUAAUGUGACAGCCAAUCUCAUUGAACAAAAGCUGAAAGUGGAGCCACAUUAUGUCCACAGGUUGCCAAUGAAUGAGCCUUGUCAGAUACAUGGUGUCCAAGUCACUCUGUUAGAGGCAAACCAUUGUCCGGGUGCUGUUCUUAUUCUCUUUGAGACAUCUUCAGGACAAACAUACCUUCACACAGGAGACUUCCGUGCCAACCCAGAUAUGGAGAAUUACCCACAGUUGAUUAACAAGCGCAUUGACAAGCUCUAUCUGGACACCACGUACUGUGAUCCUACAUACAGUUUCCCUCCCCAGAAGGAUAUAAUACGCUUGGCUGCUACUAUAGCUGAGAGAUGUCAUUAUGAAGACCCCAAUACAUUAUUUGUAUGUGGGACUUACACCAUUGGAAAAGAGCGUAUUUUUACAGCCAUUGCCCAAUCACUUGGAAGCAAAGUAUGUGUCACACGAGAGAAGAAAACCAUCUUAGACUGUUUAGAUGAUGCUCAGCUGAAAUCCCUCAUCACUUUACAGUUCUCAGAGGCUAAAGUCCAUGUGAUACCUAUGAAACAACUCAACUUCAGGGGCUUGAGUGAUCACCUGUCCAAGUUCAAGAAUAAGUUCAGUAGACUUGUUGCAUUUGAACCAACAGGCUGGACACAUGGGGUAAAGUUCUCUAUGGACAAUCCACAACCUAAGUUGAAUAGAGAUAAUAUUAUUUUGUAUGGACUGCCAUAUAGUGAACAUAGCAGCUACACAGAAAUGAAACGAUUUGUGACAUACAUUCGACCUACUUCAAUUCUACCAACUGUGAACAAUGGGAAUCCAGCCAAGAGAAAGUCAAUGGAAAAGAUGUUCGAGUCUUGGUUAUCUGAGGAAUCAAGCACUGCCAAGCAAACAACAAUAGACUUACAACAGAAGAAUAUAUCAACUUUCUUUUCUAAAAAGUGAUGUGAUCUGACCGUGUAAUAUCUCCAUGAUAUUGUUAGUGAUAUGAUUUUUAUCCGCAAGAUGAUAUUAUUAUCUUGCCGUUUGAGACAUUACAAGAAUACACUAUGCAAGAGAUUUCCUUCAAGAGAUAUUGUGAAAAUCCUUCAUGGAACUAUGGAAUCAAUUAUAAGAACUGAAAGUUAAAUAUUAUGCAUUACUGCUUUUGAUACUAUAUUUUACAAGAAUGGGUGCCAAUCAUCAUCAUGUGCAUGAAGUGUUCUUAACCAUUCAAUUUAAGAGAAUUGACACUUGGAUCAUCAUGAUAAAGUAAAACACAUUAUAACAGUCUGACAGUUCAUUUACAUCCUCCGGGCGCAGGGCUCCAAAAUCCGAAAUAUCUUCUUUCUUUUUCCCAGAAAGGGAAGAAGGAGAUACAGAUUAUGGACACCUGCUUAGGAGGAUGGUUUAUCUUUUACUGUGCACAAUUACAUGUAUUAAAGGAUUUAGUCCCAGGGCUCAAUGAUAUUAAGAUGAUUUUGAGAACACGGUUCUUAUAUGAGACUUAUAAUGAUGAUUACAGUCCAGAUUUAAAGGCUAGUAUACAAGAAACGAGUGCGUUGAAUCACCCACAAUUCAUUGAGCCAUGUGCUUAACUUCUUUUCACAC